AUGGCCCUCCUUCUUUCUUCCCAGCGAGUUACCACUCGCUCCACAUUACGGUGCCUCUCAUCUAUUCGCGGUGUAUCCAAUAGGACUGCACACAAUCAACGAUUUGGUGCAAUCGUUACUGGUGGGGCAUCAGGCAUAGGCGAAGCAACGGCGAGAAAACUGGCCAGUCGCGGCAUCAAUGUUGUCAUCGCGGAUCUCAAUGAUGCCCAUGGUAGGGACUUGGCAUCAGAGAUCUCGUCGACCUACUCGGUGGACGCUCAAUUCGUGACGACAGAUGUCACAAAAGAGGAGGAUGUUAAGGGGAUGGUCGACUUUGCUGUGCAAAGAUGGGGACGCCUCGACUAUGCCGCCAACUGUGCUGGCAUCUGCGUCGAGACUGCCCGCGAUGAGGAAGUCAGUGUUUCGACCGACAUAUUUGACAAGUACGUACAUAAAAUUAUUUGUAGAUCGCGCAGCCUUCGACGUGGACUGACAGCCUCAUAUAGAACAUACAAAAUAAAUCAACGGGGACUCUGGCUCUGCCAGAAGUAUGAAGCACUUCAGAUGCAGAAACAAGGUCCACUUCCUGUCGAAUAUACACCCCCUUCGACGUUUCCUCUUGCUCCUCAACGAGGAGCCAUAGUAAAUGUGUCAUCCAUGUCAGGCCUAACUGCCAUGGGUCUUGCGGCUUAUACUCCAACCAAGUUCGCCGUUCUCGGUAUCACCAUGAACUCCGCUCGGUUCUAUGGCCCACACGGCAUCCGGGUGAAUGCUAUCUGUCCUGGCCUGACCAUGACGCAGAUGCUCGAGGUCACUUAUGGCAAGGACGGAAAGGAAGGCAGCGCUGAGAGUCAGAAUAGUUCCGCCCUUUCUUUGAUUCCAUUGCGCCGACUGGCAUUUGCACAAGAACAAGCGAAUGCCAUCAGCUUCUUGCUGAGCCCAGAAGCGAGCUACAUCAAUGGAGCACAUCUGGUGGUUGAUGGGGGAUAUACCCCGGUUCGAUAG